AACCGAUCGAACCCCCCAGACUCGACUCGCGUCCACUCAAGACUCAACAAAUGAUUCCCAAUCAUCACCGCAAACAGGCCCCGAACAGCCGACGCCGAUUUGCGAAUCGACCCAUUGACCAUUGAACGUUGGGCAUCAAUUAUCUCGCGUCUCAUGUUCUACAAACGACUGAAUCCUAGCAUCUCACAAGUCGAGUACCGCGAGUGAGCGAGCGCUGGGCCCGCCGUAACCCGCCGCAACCCACCCACAGUCCACUCUCCCAAUCGCCCUUUUUGUCCCUUAUUCCCAAAAGUGCCACCGCUACCCGCCGUUCGUACCCGCUACCCGCCCACCCUAUUGCCAUUAUCCCGUCGCCGGCCGAAAAAAUGACAGCAUAUGGCGCCCAAGGGGGUACCAAUACAAGUCCAUCAGCAGCCUCGGCCUCUACCACAGUCCCUCCCGCCGCAGCCUCCUCCGCUUCAACAACUACCGCACCCAGGGCUUCCGGCUCGGUCUCCUCUCAGACAUCUCAGCCGCCCACCCAGCAUAAGCGCGUCUACCAAGCAUGCAUUCCCUGCCGGCGUCGCAAAGUCCGCUGCGACCUCGGCAGCGUCGACAACCCCCAUGAUCCGCCCUGCGUGCGAUGCCGACGAGAGAGCAAGGACUGCUACUUCAGCGCCACCCGUCGCAAGCGCAAGAACGAGGACGGAACCGAUACCUUUGAGGAGCCGGAGGUCGACGAGUACACCAUCCGCAACGGCCGGAAGCGACUCCACACCGCCGAACCCAGCCCCGCCGCCGUGGACCGCCGUCUCUACCGCGACGUGCCGCUGACGCCGGGCGGGACCGUCACGCGCGAUAAACCCCUGCCGCGCCCUGGUACCUCUCGCAGCAGCGGUCGUGGUAGUAUCGGUAGGGGCGUCACCCCGACUGCUUCGACGGCAAGCCACGCCGGGGACUUUGUCCUCGAAGAUGAGCCCAACGCCCAGGUGGAGAACAGAGAAGCUCGAAACGUCCUGAGUCGAGGAGUCUACGGGCCUCAUGACGCUCUCGACUUGCUCUACAAGGCCGCCACCGAUAAUUCCCUACCUUCACACAAACGCCACGAGAGCGCCGCCUCUCUGGCUUCUUUGGCGCAAUCACAGCCCAUGGUUGUCAGCCCUACGGCGACCAUGAAGCCGGCCCCACCACCCCCGGCAGAGCCGAUUCACAAAGCCGAACCGCAACCCAUAGAUCCCGAGCUGGCGAAGCCCGACCUCUCGGCCCAACCGGGCUACGUCGAUGCCAUCAAGGCAUGGAACAGGUUUCGCUUCGUCCGAGCCGGCUGGUUCACGGCUCACGAGGCCAUUGAGUAUAUUGACUACUACUACGAAUACCUUUCUCCCUUGACUCCUAUUUCCCCACCAACCUUCCGCACCCCGGCAUCUCAUCUCACCCUCCUGACCGAGGAACCCAUCCUGACCGUCACCCUUCUCACCAUCGCGUCACGCUACCGGCGCAUGUCUGGCACCGGCGGCCACUGCAGGUCGCAUGCCAUCCAUGAGCAGCUCUGGAACUACCUGCGAGGCAUGAUCGAGCGGUGUCUCUGGGGCCAGGAAGCCUUCGGUGGCGGCUUCGUGGCCAUGGCAGCCGGCGCCUCUUCCAUGGAAGACCCGCAGACCAGCAGCACUGCCCCCUGGCGCGGCCUCCGAAAGGGCAGCCUGCGCACGCUCGGCACGAUCGAAUCCCUGAUGAUCCUGACCGAGUGGCACCCACGGGCGCUGCACUUCCCGCCCGAUGAGGCCAUCGACGAACUGAUGCUACCGUCCUACGACGGCAGCGACCUCGCCAGUACCGACGAGAACGGAAACCAGCGGCUGUCCGCCGGAAUAGGUGGCCGGCGUAUCGAGAGCUGGCUGGAGCCCGCAUGGAGGAGCGACCGCAUGUGCUGGAUGCUGCUCAGCACCGCCAUGGGUCUGGCCUACGAGCUGGGCGUCUUCGACGACAUCGACGAGCUGCUGCGCGACGGUGCCAUCUCGCGGCCGGAGUACGAGGAGGAGACGUACCGUCAGCGCGCGAAUCGCAUCAAGCGGCUGCUGCUGAUCUAUCUGACCCAGCUGGCUGGCCGUCUGGGUUGGACGAACAUGGUUCCCGAGGCGCUGCGGCGGAGUGACCCGGCCGUGACGCGAAAGCGCCCGGGGGGUUCUGGGGGAGGAGGGGGAGGAGCAGGGGGAGGAGGAGGGGGAGGAGGAACGGGUAGAGAGGGUGGAGGAGAAGGCACGACGCCAGGCACCAACCCGUCGUCGCUGUCGAAUGCGUUCAACUACAUUCCCGAUCUCGAGCUGGACGAUCAGAUCAUUCAUUGCUGGGCCGGCAUCAGCAAUGCCAUGCACCUGGGGAACGAAAAACUCUUCCGCUCCAGGCAACACACGAAAAACAUCAUCCAGAGCGGCAAGUACACCGAGCACUUGCAGGACUUCCGUCCCAUCCUCGAAGACUGGCACAGGGAGUUCUUGCGCUUUCGCCUCCCACCCUUCAUCCGGCACAUCCUCAGCAUCGAAUACGAAUACGUCCGGAUCUACGUCAAUUCCCUGUCCCUGCAGGCCGUCGUGGAACGAUCAGCAAGCAAUGCUGGGAACUCGGCACAGGCUGGUCAGGCUGGUCAGGGUGGGCAAGUCCCCAUCAGCACGGCGCAACUGUCGCCGCAGACGCAGAACUACUUCGGGAAACUGCCCCUCGGCCAGCUGGGCGGGUUCGGGGCGACAGACCAGGAAUACAUCAGGGAGGUCGUCGACGGCUGCCGCAACCUGUUGAGGACCGUGGUCGAAGGUCUCCUCCCCGGCGACUACCUCAAGCACGCCCCGGUGCGGACGUAUUUCCGCAUCAUCAGCGGCGCCAUGUUCCUACUCAAGACGUUCGCCCUCGGGGCCCCGCGUUCCGACGUCAAGCUCAGCAUCGACUUGAUGGACUCGACGGUGCAGGCGCUCCGGAACUGCGUCGUCGACGAUGUGCACCUCGGCAUCCGGUUCGCCGACCUGCUCGAUUCGCUCACCAGCCGGCUGCGGAACCGGUUCAUCCAGGCACCGCUUCUCGGCCACUCGGCUGACGCCCGCAGUCCCGACCCGCAGCAGGCCGGCAUGGCCCAUGGCGGCGGUCUCAAUGGACAGGGCGCCAAUGGUGACGGGCAGAAUUGGAGUGCCCAUGCUAGCCGGCUCCGCGAGGGCCUCACUCAAGUAGACGCCAGCGGCAACAUAUCGGCCACCCCCUUCGACCUCACCGCCGGCUCUUUCCCUUACCCGUCGGGUGCAGCGUCGGGUUUCAACCCGUCAACGCCCGCUGCACCACUCGACAACCCGUCCUCGGUCGAGAACAUCAUGGACGUCACCGACUGGGGUAACCCGAACACGGAGAUGUGGUACCUGCCUCCCGGCCCGGCAUUCUUCCAGAACAUGGAAAACGGAGGCAUCGCCAUGACGGCCGAGGGCCUCAACGUCGGUGGCGUCGAUCUCCUCGAGUACAUGGCGAUGGAUCCGCAGUUCCCCGUUAUGGACAACCCGCCUUUCCCUUGA